AUGAGACAGAAAUUAUUUCUAAGUUUCCUGAGCGUUUUAUCAGCAAUAACAAUCUAUUUACCAAAUGAAGUACUAUCAUUUAAACGUUGUCCAGAACAUGGUACAACAGAUAAUCCAACAAUAAAUUAUUAUUCCGAUGAAAAAUUCUGUAAUAUUUAUCAUAAAUGUAAUUGUACUAAUAAAGAAUGCCAUGUUAUUGAAUCACAUGUUUGUCCCAUUGCAAAAGUUUAUUCCAAAACAAAACAAACAUGUUUAGAUAUUGAAGAACAAAGUUGUGAAACAACUUAUAUUCAAUGGAUACAAACACAUAGUAGCAAUUUAAAUGUUAAUAAUAGUGCUAUUAUGUUAUCCGAUUCUCUUCUAUCAUCAACAUCAAAUAAAGAUUUUCAAUGUGAACAAGAUCAAUUAGGUAAAUUUAGUGAUCCAAAUAUUUGUAAUAUAUUUCAUGUUUGUAUAAAACGAAAUGAUAAAAUAAUUGAUCAACCAUUUAUGUGUCCAUUUCCAACGAUAUUUAAAACUGGUUUAUCAGGAAAAAUGUUUUGUGCUCAUCCAGAACAAAAUGAUUGUAAAGAUAAAGUUUUUUAUGGUUCAACAAAAGAAUUAACAAUGAAAAAUAUAAAUAAUAAUGAUAUCUCAAAUUAUCGUUUACCAAAAAAUACACUUAUAUUUCAUAAAUGUUUACAAACAGGUUUAUAUGCUGAUAAUGUUUAUUGUAAUACAUAUCAUAAAUGUAAUACAAUAAAUGGUGAAGAUGAACAAUAUAUAUGUGAAAAUCAAUUACUUUUUAAUCCAGAAUCAAAUAUAUGUGAUUAUCCUAUUAAUGUUGCAUGUGACGGUAAAAGUUUAUUUCGUCGUUCAUUAGGUUUUACUAAUGGUACACUUAUAAAUUCGACGUCUAUGAUGAUUUAUGAUACAGAAAUUUAUCCUGAAGAAUGUCCAUUGAAUAGUUUAAAUAUUUUAAUUCCUGAUAAAGAUUAUUGUAAUAUUUUUUAUAAAUGUCAAUCAGGUCGUACGUUUGUUUAUAUGUGUUCGGAAGGAACAGUAUUUGAUUCAUCAAAUUUAACAAAUACGAACUCUUGUUGUUCAGAAGAUUUAGUUAAUUGUAACAAUCGUUUAAUAUUAACUGGACAAGGUAAACGUUCAACAAAAAUUCCUACAAAUAAAGAUUCUAUGGAACAUAAACUAAAGAAUAAUAAAUCAUCAUCAAUAUUAGGAAAAAGUAUGCAAACAAAAUAUUCAAAUUUUAUUCUAUUACCACCAGCAAUGCAAAAUCAAAAAAUUGUUGUUAAUGUUCCAUUUGAUUGUAAAGGACGUAUUGAUGGUCAUUGGCGUGAUACACGUUAUUGUGAUAUUUUUCAUGCUUGUCUUGCAGGUGAACAAAAACGUUCUUAUGGAUGUAAUCAAAUAGGUGAAAGAUUUUAUUUCGAUGACGCAACACAAAAAUGUGAAUUUGCUAGUAGAAAUUCGAAUGGUUGUCAAUCCAAUCAAUAUCAUACAGCAAUUGAACCUAUACCAGCUGUACCUGGAGGACUAUUGGUUACUGAAGCACCAACAGAACCUUGGAAAAUUUUUAUUCAAUCACGUGAACAAUUUACUUGUUCAGGAAAACAAGAUGGUUUUUAUGCUAGUCGUUGGUGUAAUGCAUUUUAUCGUUGCCAUACAGGUAUAGCAAGUGCUUUUCUAUGUCCAAAAAUGCCAAGUGGUGCUCGUUUGUGGUGGGUACAACAUGGUACACCACAAAGUAUUGCCCAAGAAACAGCUGCAUGCACAUGGCCAUGUGAAACAGGUCGACGAUGCUCAAGUUCAGGUGGAAUUAUUAUUGAUUCAGAUUCAAUAGUUAGUGAAAGUCAACAAGAAGCUGAAACUGUUUUUUCACAAUCACUUUGUACAAGUGCAUCAUCAUCGUCCGGCAAUUCGAAUUCAGGAACAAGUUCAAAUGGAUCAUCAUCAAAUAUUGAUGGAACAUUUAGUGUUGAUUCCGAUGUAAGUUGUAUCGGACAAGCUGAUGGUGUUUUUCUUGCCAGUCGAUAUUGUAAUGUAUUUCAUCGUUGUGUUAGUGGUAGUCGACGAGAUUUUCGUUGUCCACGUGCUACAAAUACACCCUAUGAUCUAUGGUGGAAUCAACAAACUCAACAAUGUGAUUGGCCAUGUCGAAUUCAAUGUACUGGUUCUGUUCAUGGCACCGCAACAUCAUCUCAACAAAUUCGCACAGAAAAUGCAUUAUUAUUCAGUAAUGAAUGUGCUGGUUAUGAAAAUCUCAAUAAUGCUUUUCUGAAUAAUCAAGCAAUGAUUUAUUCUUCGAAUCCUCAACAAGUUGAAACAUUUCGUAGUUUAACAUCAAGAUUAAUUGAAAAUCCUGAUCCAAAUUAUAUUUGUUUACAAACUGGUAAAUUUCCUACACGACGAUAUUGUAAUGUUUUUUAUGAAUGUUCGGAAAUUGGUGUUCCACCCAUUCAAACAUUCGAAUGUAUUGAUAGUUUUUUUGAUCGUAGUCAAGGUUUAUGUAUGCCAAAAGAUCAAGUACCAUGUUUAGGUGGAAUAUAUCCAUAUGAUUCAAUACCUAUUGAUAGUAAUCCUGAUUCAUUAAAAUGUUCAACAAAUUUAGGUUUUCAAUUACAUACAUCAAGACAAUAUUGUAAUAUUUAUUAUUUAUGUGAUGGUACACAAACAACACCAAUAACAUUUCGUUGUUUUGAUCGUCAAACACAAGAAGAUGGAAUUUAUGAUCCAUUUGCUGAACGUUGUGAUUCAAGACGAAAUUCAAAUUGUCAAAAUUCAAUAAUAAAUUUAAGUCAAUUACAAUAUCGUUCAUUAGUUAUUGAUCAUACACAUUUAUCAGAAUUAUCUGUUUUACCAUGUAAAUAUGAUCAAUCAUAUAUUAUAGAACAUGAACAAUAUUGUAAUUUAUAUCAUGUAUGUAAACAAGGUGAUUAUCAUUUAUAUGCAUGUAUAUCUGAGAAUGAUAAUAAUCAACCAACAUCAUAUUUCUAUCAACCCAAUGGUCAAUGUGCAGCACCAUUAACAACAUUAUGUCCAAAAACAAAAAGUAUAUUUAGUUAUGGACGUUUAUUAACAAUGGAAAAUAGUGAAAUGUUUCAACCAUUUAUGAUGCCUGAACAACAACAACAACAUAAUUUUGGUUCAAUACCAAUACAAGAACGUGUUAAACCAAUACCACAAUGUCGUGUAUCAGAUAAUUAUAUUAUUCCACAUGAACGUUAUUGUAAUCUUUUUUAUGGUUGUAAAGAAGGUGAAUUGAUUCUAUAUGCAUGUGUUGAUCGUUUAACAAAUACAUAUGGUGGAGUAUUUCAAUCAUCAACAGGAAAUUGUAUUUCAUCAAAUGAAUGUUCAACAAAUGAAUUUUUUCGACCAAAUCAAGUAACUACAAUACGUACAAAUACAAAUGUUCUAUUUCGUUCAUAUACAAUGCUUGAAACAUCAAAUGAAACACAUACAUUAAAUCAAACAUUUGAAGUAAAAUCAUUAUUUUCAUGUUUAAAUCGUGUUGAUGGUUAUUAUGAAUCGGAAUGGUGUAAUGUAUUCUAUCGUUGUACUGGUGGUAAACGUUUUGAUGAACGUUGUCCAAAAGCUUCAGGUCAAUCAUCAUCAUCAUUAAAUUAUGAUCUUUGGUGGAAACAUCAAUAUUUAACUUAUAAUACAACUAAUCCACAAUAUUUUGGUGGUUUAGAUUCAAUGGUUAAAUGUGAAUGGCCAUGUAAAACUCAAUGUAAAAAACCAAUAUGGAUAUCAAAAGAGAAUACAUACGGAAAUUCUUAUCAAGUAUUAAAACAAGAUUAUGAACAACGACCAGGUUGUUUAUUAGCUAUGGGUAGAAAAAUUGAAUAUUCAAUGCAAUUACCACAACAAAUGAUUAUGUAUUCUGAUAUACCAAAUCCAUCAAAUUAUUCAUGUCCAUAUAAUAUUCAAGGUAUAAAAAUACGUAUGCCAGAUACGAAAUAUUGUAAUGUUUUUCAUGAAUGUACAAAUUCAAAAUUAUCUGGUUCAUUUCUAUGUAUUGAAUCACAAUAUGAUUCGCGAGAAAGUGAUUGUGUACCAUUAUCAAUAAAUAAUAAUUGUCCAAUAGAACGACGUUAUUCAUAUUCACGUUCACGUUUAUCAAUUCAAUCAUCAGUUAUUGCUUAUUAUGAAGCUGUUGAAGUACGUAGUGUUAAUCCAAGUGGAUAUGAAUGUAUAACAGAUGGUAUUCAUACUGAUACAAUGUUUUGUAAUUUAUUUCAUGCAUGUUCUGGUCGUACACGACGAACAUUUCAAUGUCGUCAAACAGGUACGGAUGGUAUUAAUGAUGGUGUAUCAACAUUUGAUUUAACAACAAAAAGUUGUACAAAAUUUUCAUCAUAUUCAUGUCCAACAUUACUUUAUAAUCAAGAAUUUGUUAUUCUACCUGUUAUGUUUAAACCACCAACAGUAUCACCAUGUGGAAAAGAAGGUUUCUUCCCCGUUUCAGAUAUAACUGCACAAUAUUGUAAUAUGUUUGCAUGGUGUUCAAAAGGACAUGGUGAUGCAAAAGUUUAUGAAUGUGUUCCAACAUUACCUGGUGCACAUUUAGGUGCAUUUGAUAUAUCGCGACGUUCAUGUACAUCACGUACAACAUGUCCACGUGCACGUCAUUCAUCAGCAUAUAAUACAAGUUUACUUGCAAUAACAUUACGACCAAAAAUUGUUAGUAUUGGUAAACGUAAACAAUUUUCAUUAACAAGUACAAUGCUUGAAAAUGGUUAUAUUGCAUUGGGUACAGAUUUUCAAACAUCAUUUACAUGUCCAUUAGGUACAACUGGAUUUUAUUCAAAUCCAAAUUAUUGUGAUGUUUUUCAUUAUUGUUAUGAAACGGGUGAAUUGUCAUCAUUUGUUUGUGCAUCAAUGCCAAAUCGAUAUCAAUUAUGGUGGAGUCAUCAUAAUGAACAAGGACGAGCAGAUAAUGUUUUUUGUGAUUGGCCAUGUAAUUUACAAGGUGCUUAUGUUUGUCCAGCUCAUAAAUCAAUUCUAAUGCGUGAUCGACAACCAGUUGGUAAUAUUGAACAACGUGAAGUUAUUGAAUCAACUUGUUCAUCAGCGCAAGUACCAACUGCUCCUGUUGUUUUUAAUAAUAAUAAUUUUACACCAGAUCCAGUUGGAAGUAUAUCUCCAACUUUUUUUCCUCCAUCUUCGCCUAAUAUCGUUAAUAUUCAACAACAACAACAACCUUCAACAGCGGGUUCAAGUUUCAGUUCGUCAUCAUCUGGCUAUCAACCAUGUAUACAAUCAAAUCAAUGGUAUAUUAGUCAACCGACUAUUCGAUGUAGUCCAUCAUUUGCUGCAACAGGCUUUGCACCAGAUCCAAAAGAUUGUUCAAAAUAUUAUGCGUGUGAUUCUUAUACUGGUCCUGAUGGAAUGUCAGCAGGUAUUCUAAUGCAAUGUUUGGCUGGUUUAUGGUGGGAUCAACAACGAGGAUCAUGUGUACUUCCAUCUGAAGUUGCUUGUAAUCCAUAUAAUAUUAUUAAUUCUCAAGGACAAGGUUCAAUUAUGAACAGUAAUCCGAAUGUCGUAUAUCAACCAUCACCAUCAAUACCAUCAAUUCCAUUAACACCUAUGGGUACAACACCGCUUGUUGUCUAUCCACAAUCACAAACACCUAUUCAAGCUGCUUCAGAAACAGGUGGAACAAAAUGUCGUGGUGCACCAUUAUGUGGUGAGGUCGGUCUCAAUAUUCUUCAUCAAAUGAAAGCUAUUCCUGGUCGAGCUGGAUGGUUUUAUAAAUGUGACAGUCAAUGUGCAGUUGAAAUGCGUUGUCCACCUAGUUUAGUAUUUGAUGAUUCAUAUCAACGAUGUGAAUGGCCUGGUGCUGGUGUUCAAACACCAAAUAAUCGUUUACGUAGUUUAAGAAAUAAAAAAGAUCAAAAUAAUAUUAAAAAAAAACAAUUCAAUUCAAUGACAACACUAAAACAAGAAAAUACAACAGUAUCAUCAUUAAAUAAAGUUGUCAUGCCAUGA